GAAUGAUGCGGUUUGAAGCUGAGAAAAUGUUUCGGCUAUGGGUUUCCUGUGGUAUGGAUGGGCUGUGACGUGCUAAAAGCAGAACGGAAAGAUGUUGCGUAUUUUUCUUUUUUCCUGUCUUUUCAUUCCUCUUUUUGUAUCAUUCAUUGAGGCUAAAACCCCCGAUCUUGUCAUACAAACAUAUUUUGGUCGUCGAAAUCAGAAUGGCAGCUUGGUGGAUGCAAAAAUUCGACAGACAUUCGAGCUUCCAAUUGAAGAAGAAGUAGGUGCAAGUGGAGAACUGCAUGUCGAACCUUACUUUAUACAAAGUGGUGAACAAGUAUCAGUCAUCUGGUCUGGGGUACAUAAUGCUUCAAAAUCAGACAUGAUAGCAUUGUAUUGUCCAUUGAAUGAUCCUCCUGAUCAUUAUUUAGACUUCAUUAAUGUCACAGUGUCCCCUUACUAUGUCAAAGGAUUUGGCGUUGCCAAUGUAUCUUUGGUAAAUAUGAGGACCUCUUGUGAGUUUCGAUAUUACCAGAGAAACAAGGUGUUGGUAGCUGUUAGUAAUAAGGUGUCCUUUAAAGGUGGAGCAGAAAUCCCUCUUCAAGGCCAUCUUGCUUUAACAGGAGAUUCAACUCAAAUGAGAGUUAUGUGGGUAUCUGGAACAAGUUCAAAGUGCAGUUCAUAAAUUCAAAGCAGCUCCUAAUACAGGGAAAGAUGUCUUUACCAAAUUCAUCACAUUUGGUGACAUGGGAAUUUCUGAACCAGCUCAAAGAGUUGCAGAGUUGACAGUUGAAGAAGCCAAGCAAGGAUCAAUGCUUGUUUUUCAUAAUGGAGAUAUUUCUUAUGCUAGAGGAUUUGCAUACAUCUGGGACCAAUGGCACCACAUUGUGGAACCAUUUGCUACCAUGGUACCAUAUAUGGUGGGUAUUGGUAAUCAUGAACAGGAUCAUAUUGAAGGUGGUGAAAAAGACCCCAGCCAUGCACCCGGGAAUGGAUUCCAUCCAUGGUGGGCUGGUCCUUUUGAAUUUCAACACGACUCUUUUGGUGAAUGUGGUGUGCCGAUGUAUUACAGAUUCCACAUGCCUGACAAUGGCAAUGCUGUAUUCUGGUACAGCUAUGACUACGGUAAUGUACAUUUUAUAAUGAUAAGUACAGAACACAAUAUCACUAUUGGUUCAACUCAGUAUAYGUGGUUAGAGAAUGAUUUGCGCUCAGUCAACCGACAAAAAACUCCCUGGCUGAUUGUGGCUGGACAUCGCCCGAUGUACACCUCCCAGGAAAUACUAA